GUUAGAAUUAAAGAUGAACCAUAGCAGUAAAAGUAGACAUAGAGACCUUCCAUCCACCACUCAAUCACACAACCAACAAGAUCAUCCUAAAAUAGUUCAUGAGCACAAUUGUAAAGAGAAUUUAGGACAGAGAAUUGACCUUCAGUUAAAGAAGUCAACAAGCUAUACUUUCUCAGUGCUUCAACCACUGCAAGGGAUACCGUUUCAAGAGCAGAAUAUUCAAAACCAAGAGUCGAGGAAGCUGGAUCUUAAAAUAGAAAGAGACGUUAAAGAAAAUAUGCAAGAAAAUAAUGAAAGUCUAGGAGAAGAGGUCUCUGCUCAGGUCAGGCAAAGUCUUAUGCACUUCCUAAGAUCUAAUAGUCAAGAUAUCUCUAAGGAGAAAGAACAUCUAGAUACAGAAGAAGAUGUAUUGAAUCUAGCAAGUGAAGUUAACCUGGAGUUCCUUUCUGAUGAAAGUGAUGAAGAAGGAGUUACUCCAAAAAUUGAGAGGAGGAAGAUAUUCCUAGUAGAUCUAAUUCAUAUUGACCCUACUCAGCUCUGUCAACAAAAUAAUGAAACUACUAAUCAUGAAGAUAAAAACUCUUGAGAGGAGCAAGUUCAAGCUCCAAAUAAUUCACAAAAUAAGGUAAAAAUUAAUAUCUCCUCACUUUUCAACAUGUAAA